GUGAGAAGUCCAGGUGGAAGAGAGCAGCGGCUCGUCAGUCCGGCCUGGUCUGCCUUCGUGUAGAGAAGUGAGGCGCCGCUGCAGGUGCUGACGGAUCUAAGAGGAGCGUGGAUGGAGCAUGGAACAUCGGAGCAUGAGGUGGGUGACAGAAAGACGCUCCCGGGCCGCCCUCACGCUGCUGCUACUGGCUGUUUUCAUAUACCUGAUCACCCUCAGCACACACUCAUCCAGCGGCGAGGAGCAGACCAUCACUCUGGUCAUGUCGGCCAGCGAGGCCCGGGCCCUCAUGGCCGGCAGAGUUCCUCACUCCCUCUCUCAACCUCAAGAUGUUGUCCAACCUGCGCACGACCUUGCGCAACCUCCUCCCUCUGCGCACAAUACCACACCUCAGAGUCCAGACAAAACACAAACCUUAGACUUUGUUGUUAUAAGAAAUCGGGUAUAUUUUAAUCGCUCGGCCGCUCAGGUGGAACAAAUUAAGAAGAGUAUACCUGUGAGAAAGACGGAGGAGAAGAAGUGGUCCAAGAAGCUGGAGCUGUCUGCUGGGGCCGCCUUGAUGCUCCAAGACUUCUCAAAGUAUGAACCUGAGGAGCGGGAGUUCAUGGAGAGUCGUGUGCAGGAAAUGGUGGAGAGGACGCGGCAGGUGAGGAAAGCAUGUCAGGUGAAGCCCAAGCUGGAGCCCGUCUCCAGCCACAUGGUGUGGGACGACAAGCACAGCGUCGUCUGGUGUCCCAACUACAAGGUGGCGUCCACCACCUGGAUGAUCAACUUCCUCAAGUUGGCGCACUUCAACGAUGACAACCCGGCCAUCCCUGACGUGCCGCCUGAGGAGAAAGAGAAACUUAAGUACUUGCCCAAGUACGGUGCCCGCCAUGAUGUUGUCAACGACAUCUACCCGGUGCCACCCACACCAGCCCUCAAGCUCGAGUUCUUGAAGAAAAGCUUUAGAGUUAUCAUCGUCAGGCAUCCCUUCACCAGGAUCCUCUCGGCGUACCGAGACAAGAUGACCAAGGAGCACCCACUGCCGCCAAAAUUUGGCUUCAAGAAGUUGCAGCAGGAUAUCAUGGCCAAGUAUCGAACCCACAAUAGCAGUGAGAGUUACCCCUUCCCGACCUUUGCGGAGUUUGUCCAGUAUAUCAUCGACACGACUGCCAAUUUCACCUCCAUUCAACAAUGGAGGAAGAAUGUGAAGUGCUGGGUGCCGUACUGGGCGCAGUGCGGCGUCUGUACCAACGACUUCAACGUCAUCAUGAAACUGGAGACGAUGGCUGACGACGAGAGGUUCUUCAUCACCCUAGCCAACCUCGAGGAACUCAAGACUGCUGGUGAAUGGCGGCACUUGAGGAACGUGUCGUCGUCGCAGGCGGCGCCGCAGUACUACACCCAGCUCACCCGCCGCCAAAUGCUGGACCUCUACCACCGAUACCAGCUCGACUUCGACCUCUUCGGUUACAAUGUUGACGAGUAUUUGCCGAUGGCCAAGGACCACGCCUCCCUUCACUGAUGCUACCACAUCACUACACUUCCCUACAUUAUCAUCUUCAUCAUGUUUUAAUGGUUUUGUUUUCCAUCCCGACAAUAAACUUUAAAUAAUAAAAAAGAGCUCUAAAUCCAA